AUGACUCGUCUUGUGAUUCUUCUACUCCUCGCGUCUACCGUAUCCGUCGCCGAGAAGCUCACCGAGCUGGAGAACGAGGCUCUCCAAAGAAACUGCGGCCAAAACUAUCGCUACCGUCACAAAGUGAUCAACGGAGAUGGCCCAUUGGACUACCCAUUCGCAGCGUCGGUCCAUGUCAAAUCAGGAAUCCUCACUUCUACAGUAAUCUCGCCACGCCACGUCAUUUUGUUCAACAUCUUUGAAUUUGAUAAGAAAACAGUACGCCGUUAUCUGUUCAACGACACCGAGAUUAAAGGAACGGGGUAUUGCAUUGGAGAGGAUUGGAUCCUUCCAGAAGAAGUCAACAACAUGAUCACUGUGAACUUAGUGGGGGUACAAGGUGGAAUAAAUAUCGUGUCCCGUGUUUUUGUUCUCGGAGGAUGCGUAGAAAUCGACACCUACAAGCCAAUGAUCAUCGAGCUCUCCCGUGACUUCACCUACCAUAGCCGUGGAUCAAUAUGCCUUCCUCAGAAACAGGAAGAUAUAAUCGACGCCUACACCAGAGAAGAUGUGUUCUACACUGUCUACGGAUUAGGUCCAAAAGGAGACAAGCUGACAUCGGCUGAGUACCUCAGAAAGGAAGAAUGCGAGAAGGAACACGCAUCGUGGCAUCAGUAUGUGUUCUGUGGAAAGCCAGUCAACGAGAGCAGAGGAUUGUGUGCGGGAGACUUCGGUGGCGGUGCCAUCGCCAACGUGGACGGUCGAAACACCAUCUUUGGAGUCUACGCUGAGGGGAACGUCGAGUGUGGUAGGGAUCCAGCACAUCAUCCAGAACCCGAAUUCAUCGAUCUUGCCAAGUACACCAAAUCGAUUUGCCGUCACACUGGAGUCUGUGUUGAUUUUGAAGAAGAUUCAGUGACUCCGGGAGUCUAUGUGCCUGCAAUAGAGACUGAAGUGACUACCGAGGACCCAACCACCACCACGGAGUACUUUGAAUAUACCGAUGACGCUACGGAAUUUGCUUUCACUGAGCAACCGUACCCCGAGGAAGUGUACACGGAGACUCCAGAAUCCGCAAACACCGUCGAGACUAUUGUCGCCGAGACAUUCGAAAAGAUGCUUCUCAAUUGUUCGGCUGAGGCGCAAGAGCAACCAAAGGAGAUCCAUAUUCAUAUCCAUCUGGACAAGGAUGCGACUAUUCAUUUUGAUUAA